CGAGUGGAUAUCAGAUCUUGAAUGUGAAGAUCCAUCUGAGUUUCACCAAGAGUCAUCGGCAUCAUCGGCAGUGCAUUCGGGCACAAACCUGUGGAAGACUAAACUGAGAAGGUGAAUCAUGGAAAUCAAAGAGGAAGGCACUUCAGAAGAAGGCCAGCACUUUCUUCCCACCCCCCAAGCAAAUGAUCCAGUCGAGUUUCAGUUCACUAGUAUUCAGAAGACUCCAAAUGAACCACAGUUGGAAUUCAUCCUUGCCUGCAAGGAUCUGGUGGCUCCCGGCCGGGAUCGCAAGCUGAAUACCCUAGUGCAGAUCUCGGUGAUCCACCCCGCCGAGCAGGGGCUCAGCAGAUACUCCAGCACGGAAAUUGUAGAGGGAACAAGGGACCCACUGUUCUUGACUGGUGUCACAUUCCCGUCUGAGUAUCCCAUCUAUGAAGAGACCAAGAUAAAGCUGACAGUGUAUGAUGUCAAGGAUAAGUCUCAUGACACUGUUCGAACCUGUGUCCUCCCUGAACAUAAGGAUCCCCCAGCAGAGGUUGGGCGAAGUUUCCUGGGCUGUGCCAGUUUUAAAGUGGGGGACCUGCUGAAGUCCAAGGAUCAGCUUCUGGCUCUGAACCUCAGAACUUCAGAUGGUGGCAAGGUUGUUGGCACCAUAGAAGUCAGUGUCGUGAAGAUGGGGGAGAUUGAGGAUGGGGAAGCCGACCACAUCACGACAGAUGUGAAGGGACCAAAGUGCUCACUGGUGUGUGAAUGUACCGCUCCCGAAAGUAUGAAUGGAAAGGAUCACUUACCUUUUUUGAAUGCAGUGCUAAAGAACCCGGUGUGUAAGUUAUAUAGAUUUCCCACAUCUGACAAUAAGUGGAUGCGGAUUCGGGAGCAGAUGUCUGAGAGUAUCCUUUCUUUCCAUAUUCCUAAGGAAUUGAUCGCUCUUCACAUUAAAGAGGAUUCGUGUAGAAAUCAAGAAUUGAAAGAACUUGGUGAGCUUUCUCCACACUGGGACAAUCUACGGAAAAAUGUCCUCACUCACUGUGAUCAGAUGGUGACGAUGUACCAGGACAUUCUGUCAGAACUGAGCAAAGAAACAGGGUCUUCUUUUAAAUCAAGCAGCAGCAAAGGAGAGAAAACGUUAGAAUUUGUUCCAGUCAAUCUACAUCUGCAAAGAAUGCAAGUCCACAGCCCUCACUUGAAAGAUGCUCUCUACGACGUGAUCACCGUGGGCGCGCCAGCUGCCCAUGUUCAGGGAUUUAAGAAUGGGGGUCUUCGGAAGCUUCUCCACAGAUUUGAAACCGAAAGAAGAAAUACUGGAUAUCAGUUUAUUUACUAUUCACCUGAAAAUACAGCCAAAGCAAAAGAAGUUCUCAGCAACAUCAAUCAGCUACAACCCCUGAUCGCAACCCACGCAGACCUACUGCUUAAUUCUGCAAGCCAGCACUCACCAGACAGCCUGAAGAAUUCUUUAAAGUUGCUUUCAGAAAAAACAGAGCUUUUCGUACACGCCUUCAAGGAUCAGCUGGUCAGAAGUGCUCUUUUAGCACUCUACACUGCCAGACCGGGCGGGGUCCCAAAGAAGCCCCCUUCUCCAAAGGACCUGACUGUGGAGAGUGACCCGCAGGAACCUCCCCCACCCAUGAAAAGGCAAGACUCCAUCCCACACCACUCCGACUAUGACGAGGAAGAGUGGGAUAGGGUGUGGGCCAAUGUGGGAAAGAGCCUGAACUGCAUUAUCGCUAUGGUGGACAAGCUCAUUGAAAAAGAUGGAGGCCAUGAAAGCAGCAGUGGCAAAGAUGGAGAAAAGGACCCUUCCUCUGUGGAUGGCACCGCAGCUCAACCCAAGGAGGACUGGUACGAGCAGCUGUACCCCCUCGCCCUGACCCUGAAGGACAGCAUGGCAGAGGUGGUGAACAGAGCCAAGCAGUCGCUGACCUUCGUGCUCCUGCAAGAGCUGGCCUACAGCCUGCCCCAGUGCCUCAUGCUCACCCUGAGGAGAGACAUUGUCUUCAGCCAGGCACUUGCUGGAUUGGUUUGUGGUUUUAUCAUCAAGUUACACACAAGUUUGCAUGACCCCAGCUUCCUCCAGCAGCUUUACACGGUGGGACUGCUAGUGCAGUAUGAAGGCCUGCUGAGCACUUACAGUGAUGAAAUCGGAAUGCUAGAAGACAUGGCUGUUGGCAUUUCCGACUUGAGGAAAGUCACAUUUAAAAUAAUCGAAGCCCAGUCCAAUGAUGUCUUACCCAUGAUAACAGGGAGGCGUGAACAUUAUGUGGUAGAGGUCAAGCUUCCAGCCCGCAUGUUUGAGUGUCUGCCUUUACAGAUUAAAGAAGGACAGCUGCUCCAUGUCCAUCCAGUUCUUUUUAAUGUGGGAAUCAACGAACAGCAGACUCUUGCUGAGAGGUUUGGAGAUGUCUCUUUGCAGGAAACUAUUAACCAGGAGAAUUUUGAGCUUCUGAAAAAAUACUGCACAAUAUUUAUGGAAAAGAUGCCCCCUGAAUUCAUUUCGCAUUUUCAAGAACAAAAUGAUUUAAAAGGAUUACUAGAAAAUCUCCACCAAAAUAUCCAAGCCAAAAAAAGGAAGAAUGUAGAAAUCAUGUGGCUGGCUGCAACGAUUUGUCGCAAGCUGAAUGGAAUCCGUUUCACCUCUUGUAAAAGUGCCAAAGACAGGACGUCCAUGUCGGUGACGCUGGAACAGUGUUCCAUCUUGAGAGAUGAGCACCAGCUACACAAGGACUUCUUUGUCCGAGCGCUGGAUUGUAUGAGAAGAGAAGGAUGCCGGAUAGAGAAUGUUCUGAAGAAUAUCCAAUGCAGAAAGUAUGCUUUCAACAUGCUGCAACUGAUGGCUUUCCCCAAGUACUACCGACCACCAGAGGGGACUUACGGAAAAGCUGACACCUGAGUUUCCAUCCUGUAAAUAAACAGGGACACAUACACGCUGCAGUUGAAUAACCUCCUAACCUCUCCCUUUUAUUUAAAAAAUCGUCAUAAAUUUGUGAAACAGGGCGAUCAGGGAUAUUUUCCUCUCCCCACAUAGGAAUCACUGCAUUGGCAGGACACUCCUUUGAAAAUAGCCCCUUUUUAAAACUUUCCAAGAUUGUGUCUUGAGUACUCAACUCUCUGUAUUCAUCUUCAGCGGCUGAGAUCAACUCAGAAGUGUGCGUUUCAUUCAGUGAGGCCUGUCUGUGACAUUUUGAGAAAAUAGCCCUACUCUGAUACAACGAGGCAUAGCAUAGCAUUCAUGCCUCCCUCAGGGCAAGUACAGGAGAGUGCCAAGGUCGGAUAGGUAACCCAGACCUCCCUGGUGGCAUUUGACAUCGAUGACUCUAGGGAACAGAAGUUUGGACUCUGACCAUGGAAGCCACUUCCGAUGUGUUUCUAAGGACUUUGAGCCUUCAAUCAAGAUGGGACAGUUUGUCCUGAGCAGGCAGGCAGAGGACCUAACCAGGCUGAUUGUGUGAUGUCAGUAUUUUUCAGAAACUUGGUAUCUUUUCCAAAUUUAGUCCCAGGGUUAGAGGGCCCAGCUCUGCAAGUUGCUCUCCAGAUGGUUCAAUAGUGCAAAAGUGCAAAAGACAAAAGGGGAGAGGAAUGGCCAGGAAGUUCAAGAUGAACAACUUGUACAUCCCAAAUGAAAGUCGGUGUCAGUCUGCACUUCACAUAGUACAGCUCCUGAAAGGCCGUUGCUAUCUUUACAGAGUUUUCCCACAGUCACUGGGGCAUAACAGACCUAAUGUCAGUUUGUCUGUCUGACAUAGCGAGAUGUCAGUAUGGGUGGGUGAACCACUCAAAAUGCAUACUGCCAGAGUUCAGGACAAACCUAUGUGAUUAUUCCUGUUAACUCGAAUUUUACAUUUAUGUCCACUCAAUAAAAUAAUACUCUUGUCCACCUAAUACCCCCUCACCAUAUUCAAAACUGCUAUGGAAAUAUGCUCAUGUAGCACCAUUCUAAAUGAGUAAGUUGAGAAGGAAUGCUACAUCCUCAGGUAGCUGGGUAAAUUCAGAGUCACAACGAUCCCAGUCUCUUUAACCUUUCAGACUUCGGUUCGUCUCUUCUUCAAAUUGUCAUGGUAGAGCUGGUGGAGAGGUUCAGCCUUGCAUGUGUGAGGUUCUGGGUUCAAUCCCUGGCAUGACAAGAAGCAAACCAGAAAAAAAUAAAAAAGCAGAAUGUAACUGCUAUAUCCGGUUGGAGUGAAAUGUGAGGACAAGCCCUGUUAGCUAAGUAGAAAUUGGUAAUUUAUCACUAGAAUUGAAAAUUAGACAAGAAAGGCUUGUGUAAUUGAAACAGCUUUCCUCCAAAUUUUAAUAAUUUUUAAGAACUUCAUCUUCCAACUCUCUGAAAAGGUAAACUUUAACAAUUGGAAGUCUGUAUUCCAGGGUGGGCAUCUUCCUGGUAAAUGCCAGGGGCAUUUGCUUAGAUUCCCCUUAAAACGAGCACAUUCAGUGAUGAUUUGCUGGGACUUUCCAUAACUAAUGUGAUAAUACUUCUUGGCUUUUGAGAUAAGGGUUCUAGACGAAAGUCAGAACUCGUGGGGAUUUUUAAAUUACUAAAUCUCAGGUGUCUCUUUGGGGCUUUCGUACUAGUAUCAUCUAUCAUUAUAAUUAAUGACUGGUGAACAUUACACUUGAGAGGGAUGCCAAACUAUUCACAAGCCUUUGCUUGCAAAGAUUCUUUGUGGAAGGAUCUAUUCGCAGAUAGCCUCAUGGUGGUAUUCUCUUUUAUACCACAUUAUCCAUUUCAAUAUAAUCUGCGAGUUACCUACUUUCAUUUGAAAUGGCAGGACUUGUGGCUGUUUUCAUUGUGUAAGUUGAUUUAAGAUAAAGAGGUUGGUAUAACUGAGAUGUCCUUGAAUAACCAUGAAGCCUAAUUCAGUGUGUUGAAUAGUAUUCUGAGCUCCAAGAGACCAAAAUAAUUGAUUCUCCAGUAAACACUCUCACAAAACCUAAGUAAUGAAACCUUUUGGCUCAAAUAUGGAAAAAGCAUUCAUUCAUUAGAAAGUCAACAGGAUUUUUUUAACUAAAACAGUCCUUAAAUAAAUACUUACAUAUUGAAAGUUCCAAAGGGUAGCAUUGUAAUAUGAUUACAUGCACACAUACACAUUUGGUUUUAUUAGCAUAGUCAAAAACUUCUCCUGCAAAAAAAAACCCUAUUUUUGUGCAUUCUUUUUUAUGAGCCUCACCCUACUAUUCUGGGUACCCCGGAACCACCCUUGGUGAUACUCAGCCCAAUAGUGCUAGGGGAUUACCAAGAUCACCUCAGCAGUAUAUAAAAACUAGGAAGAAAAGUUAGCUCAACUGGAGUAUCACAAAACACAUGCUUAGUGAUCCAUUUUGAAGUUGAUAAUUGUUUGCAUUUGCUACAUGCGGAAAGGAAAUAACAGAUAGCAGUGUCCAGAUUCUAAUAAAUAUGACUCAGUUGGAACCUGUUUGAUUAAACAAAGUAAGGCAGUCAGCUAACUCAUCACAGAUGAUUUCCGAGCAGGGCACUCUGUCACUUGCUUAGUUCAAUAGACAGACCACCUUUGUAAUCUUUUAGGAAAUAAACUAACUUUUAUCACAGGUUUAAGAAACUGGGGAGAAAAAUUUACCUCAGCAAUUCCUGAGGGAAGCAAUCUUAUUGAAACAAGAUAUCAGUAGCUGGGGGUGGAGGGGUGGAGGGGUUACAAAUUAGGGCCUGCUGAAAGUCUUUCCUUUCAGAAAGAUCUGGAGUUGACUGCCAGACAAAUUUAUCAUGAAUUUGCGUUCUGUGUAACCCAGCUGCAGUGGGGAAAGCCGUGCUCUUCAAUGUUUAUGUUUCACUAUCUUAUGAAGCCUCAAUAUCUAUUGUAUGUUUUGUUCCUGUGUCAGUUUUAAGUUAGAACUUUCUAUCCAAACAGAUGGUACUACUACGGCAGAAACUGUCUUUAAGAGUAGGAAAAUAAAAUUAAUGUUUUCAAUAAAAUACCGAAGAUAAAAUUAAUGCUUUCAAUUAAAAAAAUGAGGAGUUAAGGUAUGGAAACUUGGAUUUUGACUUUGAGUCUAGCAUGUAUUCUGUACUCUUCAGGUUUCAUAUCUAAGCAAGAAAAAGAAGUCUAGAGCUAAAUUUAGACUAAUUUAAGUCUACAUCUAAAUUUUUUAUAUAGAAGAAUCAAAGUGUGUGUGGUCACUAGUAACAAGGAGGAAGUUGGAAAGAUUGUUUGACAGCAAAACAAAACAGGGCACACAACCCUGAGCUUGAAUCCUAAUCUAUUCCAUGAAUACAUGAUUUUUACAUUUAAAGAGGAAGAUCAGACUCACAGUUUCGUGCCUCAGAAGAUGAAAAUUGAGGGAGAGAAGACAGUACAGAAGACUCUUUCUCCUAAACUGUGUCUUCCUUGUAUUUUAGUGCAUACGGUUCUUGAAAAUUUUCUACUUGCACAUUCACUCUAGGAGUAAAUUUAUAAUCGAAAAAUUGUCUAAACUACUCUAAGGUCACAAAAGAGCACAAUCCAACAAUGCAUCUAUGAUAUAAUUAACAAUAAUGAACCAAAUAUUGGCAGGAUUACCACGUCAUCUGUGACAUUCUUGUGGUGCUUUUUAAUAUCCCUAUCAAUAUUUUAAAAUAUUCCACAUUAAGGAACUUUCAAGCUUUUCGAACUCUGUAUUUCUAGAGCUGUAUAGACUUCUGCUUCACUGCCCCUUUGUACACGUUUAUUUCUCAUGUCAAUAUUUUAUUAUUUUAUUUAACCUUACAUUGAAUUUUCAAACCCUGUGGUACUUAUGUAAAACAUUGGCACUUGUUUUUUAUAUGAAAUAUAUGUUCUGAACCAAUAGUUUGUAUUCCUAGAAAAACAAGACACAAGUAGGUUAGAUAAUUUGAUAUUGGCAUAAAGAAAUAUCAUUUUGUUUUACUGUUCUGUGUAAACCAUAUCCAUUGUACACUGUGUGUAUAUUUUUGUUUAAAUAAAUGUGAUUUUUAUUUUU